AUGAAGACUACGGCACCUUUUUACUCAAUAUUCAGGCAUUUCACGCUCAGGCUAACAUGUGCUGCUCUUUUCUUCGGAUUGUCAGGGAUGUCAAGAGGCCUCGACGAGGGCCUCAUUUCCACAACCGUUGUUCAAGAUUCCUUCGUCAACGAGUUUGGUCUGCAAGCCAAAUACCUCGAUGCAUCCCAGCAAGCGAAUCGCCUCUCGAAUAUCACCUCAAUGGUUCACAUUGGCAGCAUUCCUGGCGCGCUGAUCGCUUUCCUUCUUUGCGAGCGUAUGGGAAUGCUUUGGUCCAUGCGUCAGCUCUGUACGCUGUGGAUGGUGGGCGAUAUUGUCGUCAUCACUGCUAGUGGGAAACUGGGUCAAAUAUACGCUGGCCGUUUUAUAAUGGGGCUUGGAAUUGGACAAGCUGGGGUUGUGGCGCCGACGUAUCUUGCAGAAAUUGCGCCCCGUAGCGCACGCGGUAUGCUGGUGUCUGUGUUUGGCAUGUCGGAAUAUAUUGGAAUUAUGGUUGGAUGGAUUAUCCCGCAGUCGAUACAAAUAAUUGUAGCGGGUCUUCUGAUUAUGGGCUCUUUUCUUUGUGAAGAGAGUCCUCGGCAUUUAUGUCGAGUCGGCAAAUGGGAUGAGGCACGCAAGGCUUUGGGGAAGAUAUGGGGCCUGCCAGAUGAUCAUAAUGAAAUUUCAGCCGAACUGGAAGGGAUCAAGGGACAAUUAGAGCAUGAACAAGAGUGCUCUUUAUACAGAUCAUGUGUUGGAUCUUUGAAGGAACUGUUUCUUUCACGGUCUAAUCUUAGGAGAUUAUUGUUCGUGAUAUCUUCCCAGAUUCUUAGUCAAUGGUCUGGGGCCAAUUCUCUCACAAAUGCUAAUAAGAUCGAAGCAUAUGCGCCCGAGAUAUUCUCCUUGUUUGGAAUCGAUGGCCAAUCCGAAAAGCUAUUCACAACAGCGAUCUUCGGUGCCGUCAAAUUUGUGGCAUCUCUUCUCUGCGCUAUUUUACUCAUCGACCACAUCGGCCGGAAACGGUCUUUGAUCUCGGGAAUUAUAGUACAACAAGUGGCCAUGUUGUACAUUGCAAUCUAUCUUACUGUUAACGCAUCCUGGUCUGGCGAUGAAUCCCCUUCAAGCAAACGAGCGGCCCUCGGUGCCAUUGUCUUUAUCUACUUUGUAGGUAUCGGGUGGGCGAUGGGUUGGAAUACGAUUCAGUACUUGCUGAACGCCGAGAUAUUUCCUUUACAAGUUCGCGCGACUGGCUCAAGUCUUUUGAUGUGUUUCCAUUAUGUCAAUCGCUACGGACUGUCCAAGGCUGUUCCGUCCAUGCUAUUACAAAAUUCCUUACAGCCUGAAGGGAGCUUUUGGUUCUUUUCCACAAUGACAUUUUUCGGUCUAUUAUGGGCGUGGAUUUUGCUACCGGAGACUGCAGGUCGGACUUUGGAGGACACAAAUGGACUCUUUGGUUAG